AUGGCUGAGCACUUGGCCCGUAUUAUUGGCACAGAGGAAGAUAGAGUGAAUUGUCCGUUUUUCUGGAAAAUCGGAGCCUGCAGGCACGGUGAACAAUGUAGUAGAUCUCACUACCGCCCAUCUUCGGCACAGACGAUUGUAAUUAAGCAUAUGUACCAGAAUCCACCAAUUGCAAUUGCAAUAUCUGAGGGGCAGAUGGUGUCUGAUGAGGUUUAUGAUCAGGCUGCCGACCAUUUUGAGGAGUUUUUCGAAGAAGUGUUUCUGGAACUAUGUAAAUACGGAGAGGUUGAAGACAUGAUUGUUUGCGAUAACAUUGGCGACCACAUCAUAGGGAAUGUGUAUGUCAAGUAUUCCGACGAAAUGAGUGCAGCAAACGCUAUAAGCACACUUUCAGGGAGGUUUUAUGGAGGGAAACAGAUUAUGGUGGAAUACACGCCUGUUACAGAUUUUAGGGAAGCCCGAUGUAGGCAAUUUGUGGAUGGGCAAUGUAAACGUGGCGGCUACUGUAAUUUUAUGCACGUAAAGCACGUGCCACGAUCUUUGCGUAGGAAGUUGAUGAAUAAAAUGUAUACAGACUAUCCUCACUACAAGAAAUCAAGAUCUCCUAGACGAAGGCGUUCUCGUAGCUCAUCUCCACCCAAGAGGCAAUCUAGUCAGGAAAGAAGGGCUAUGAUUGAACAGUGGAAUAGGGAGAGGGAAAAAUAA